UAAACUUGAAAAAUUGGGGAAUUUUCCUGAUUUCACAAUAGCUAGACCCAGAGAGGGGAAAAUGGUGAAAUUUUCGAUGGCAGAAGAUGAUAUCGAAGGAUUUCGACUAUACGAUGAUGAUGACGAAGGACCUAGCAGACCAACGCCCAAGAAACAGAGAACUACCUGCACUCAAAGACAAGAACAACAAGAAGAAGUAGCUGAAGAAGAAGAAGAAGAGGAGGAGGAGGAAGAAGAAGACUAUGGACCUGAAGACGAGGAAGAAGAUGAAUCUGAACAAGAAGAAGAAGAAGAGGAGGAAGAAGAAGAGGAAGAGGAGGAGGAGGAGGAGGAGGGUCAGAACGAAGAUCCCCUUCUUCCAACUGCGAUUCGUUUUUGUCAAAACACAACAACAAAUGGAAUAUCAUUGGGAUUGAACAGUGGUGCCAACCUCAACAAUCAUGCACCCAACCGCGAUGGCUCCAUUUCCGUAACCCUAACCGACCCAGAUGUGUUGGAUUGCCCCAUUUGCUUUGAUCCCUUGAGCAUUCCUGUCUUUCAGUGUGAGAAUGGGCAUAUAGCAUGCUCCUCCUGCUGCCUCAAGCUUGGGAACAAGUGUCCCUCUUGCUCUUUGCCGAUUGGUUAUAACCGUUGCCGGGGCAUUGAGAAAGUUCUUGAAUCUGUCAAAACAUCAUGCCGAAAUGCGAAGUAUGGUUGUGGAGAGACAAUGAGUUACAGUAAGAAACAUGAACAUGAUGAGACAUGCAUUCAUGCACCGUGUUCAUGCCCUAUUCCCGACUGCGACUUUGUUGGCUCCUUUAAGGACUUAUCCAUACACUUCGGCCCCAAACAUUCAGAUUCUGCUAGGUGUUUCAUCUACAACUGCCCUGUCUCCGUUUCAUUAAAUGUGGAACAAAAGUACCUUAUUCUUCGGGAACAGAAUGAGGGGACAAUUUUCGUCCUCAACAAUGUUCUUGAAAUUAUUGGAAAUUUGGUCUGUGUUAAUUGUAUUGGGCCGCCCUCAUUAAAGAGAAGGUUUUUUUAUGAUCUUAAAGCGAGAAACCAGGGCAGCUCAGUGAGAUUGCGGUCUUUUGCAGAGAGCAAGCCAAACUGGUUUGAACAUCUUCCUGACAAGGGGUUUCUUCUAAUACCGAAUGAUUUCAUCCGUGAGCAGCUCAAGUUGGAUAUUUGCAUUUGGAAGUGUCCGCCAAUAUAAAGAGUGGCGAUGUCAUAGUCAUAUAUGUGGCCAUAUUGCAUUUCAUCUGGGAAUUGACUUGGUAUUGGAAGGUGGUGUUCUAGCCUAAUUAAACUUGUUCUGUUUUGUUGGAUUUAAAAUCACUUGGCUGAUUGUAAAUUUGUCAAAUUUGGCCUUUAAAGUAGUUACUGUCACCUGCAAAGCAAAUAUGUAUUUAUGUUGCUGCUCCAGCCUCUUUGCAUUACCCUUGGUUCAGGACUGAUUGAAGCUGCAAAAACUGAAUAUGCUGAUUACAUUAUCAUGACAUUUUUCAGUUAAUGCUUUUUUUUAUUUUUACUUUUAAUGUUAUUUGUUCUUAUUUUUAA